AUUUUUGACAGUUUUUGCCAAUCAGGCAUUUGUAUCAUUUUGUGAAGACUUUCUGUAAUUUUUUUUUGUCAGAAUACCUUGCCAUUUAUUCGUAAUAUGGGAAGAAUAAUGUGAAUUCAGACACAUUUAAAAAACAAUAUGGACCAAGUCCGAGGAAUAUUUCAAGAAUAGCACCAAAUUUAUAUAAAAAAUUAUUUUAAAUGCUAUUUAAAAAACAGUCAAGAUUCAAUCUUGGUUAUCGCCGAAAGUCGGCACCAACCGGGUCGUCAACUUCAACAGCAAGAGUUUCGCGCCCACACGUGGCUGUUCCACGCUGUACAGCAAUGCCAAAUCUCUGCCGCCCUUAUUGUCUGCUGUUAACCAUCUAGAAGUGGACUAUGUUAACACAUUUUCAGAAGAAUGAAUAUUCCUGAAGAUGCAACUUUAUGUUGCGAAAGCGCUUGAAGCUUUUAAGUUGGUGUUUUUGCACGAGGACAGAUUCGUUGAGUUUCACAACCAGGGUGGCAAAUACUACAGAAUGCGCGUGCCGAGGUUCGGCCGUGACCUUUGCUACAACAGACUCAACUGUGACCUGAUAGUCGUGGGCAACAGCAGUGAUAUAUAUCGUAUUAAUUUGGAGCAGGGCAGAUUCCUCUCUCCAUACACCAGUGCUCGAGCUAGCGGCUUCAACACCUGUGUUAUCAACGAUUACCACCAGCUGUUGGCCGUCGGCUCUCAAGAGGGAACAGUCGAAUGUUGGGAUCCGAGGACAAGGAAAAGUGUGGGAAACCUGAACGCUGCCUGCUUCGUAGAUUCAAAUAGCUCAAAAUUAUCUCCGGAAACCACGUGUCUUAGAUACAAUGGAGGUCUCUCAUUGGCUGUCGGCACAUCAACCGGCCAGGUGAUGUUGUUUGAUAUUCGAUCGAAUAAACCGACCCUGGUGAAGGACCACCACUACGAGUUCCCAAUCCACUCGAUCCAAUUCCUCACAGACACGGACGAGAACCGACUGGUGCUCUCCUGUGACAAGAAAGGAGUGAAGGCCUGGCAUCAGGAGUCGGGGGAUCUGGUCACGGCGAUAGAGCCGAGUGACUGUGAAAUCAAUCACAUGCAGUUAUACCCUAGUUCUGGACUGGUGUUCCUAGCAGCGGAGACCCAGAAAAUACACGCAUAUUUUGUUCCAACCCUUGGUCCUGCCCCUAAGUGGUGUUCGUUUCUGGAGAAUCUGACUGAAGAAAUGGAGGAAGAGAGGAGCAAUGUGGUCUACGAUGACUUCAAGUUCGUCACUAGAUCAGAGCUGGACAGCAUCGGACUCACACACCUCAUAGGCACGAGUAAGCUGCGAGCGUACAUGCACGGCUACUUUGUCAAUGUGCAACUUUACAGUCGGGCCAAACAGGAGAGUGAGCCAUUCGCGUUUGAACAGUUCAAGCAGAAGAAGAUCAAAGAGGACAUGGACAGGGAGAGACAUGACAGAGUACAGCUGGAGAAGCUACCAAGCGUGAACAGAGAGACAGCUGUGCGUCUGAAGAUAGAGAAACAGAGAGGCAAGGCAAAGUCGAAGAGGGAGGCGGAGGCACUGCUGACAGAUGAGAGAUUCGCACCCAAGUUGUUCGGAGAUGCAGACAUGCAGAUGGAUCUGGACAAGGAGGACGUGGACACUAUGAACCCCAGCACUCUGGCCAGAAUGGUGGCACUGCAGCCGGCCAUACAACAGGCCACACAACUCAUGCGCAGAGAAGAACAACAAAUCCAUAGGAGGCAGAAAAAUGAGGCGGGCGAAGACAAAGACGAUGAAAAUGUGCAUAUUGAGGCUUCCAAAUCAGAUCUAUCUUCGAACGAGGAAGAAGCAGCGUCCAGUGACAGUGACGAAGGCAAUGAAGUUAAACACUUAAAGAAACUGGUUCGCACUAGUGCGAAGGCAAACAAAUUGAAGUCCUCAGAUAGCAAACAGCAAUCGAAGUCAAAGGCACCGCCAGUAUCUAGAUUGGAGCCAAUGGGCGGAGAAAGUCCUCCCGAUUCUAGAGAUGAGCAGCAAAGGAAUUCUAAAGUGGAAAUGGUAGUAGGGUCAAGUGUGGCUGAGAGAGAUUUCGUUGUGCCUGUUCGGUCGAAGCUGUCACUGAAAAACUUCAACGCCGAAAGCAGUGCUUUGAGCGAAAGACUAGAAGACAACGAGACCUUUUCCAAACAGGUGGACAUCGGAAUAAACAGAAGCCAGUCAGCUUCUUUUCAAGUGGCCACCAAACCGAAGGUUGACAAAAAAGGCAAAAAGAGAUCUAGACGGGGCUAGGAGUUAAAACAAUUGCAAAGUCAGGAGAAAUGAGUUAACAAACAAGACUUCAGCUUCGGGCGAUAAAGAAAAGGGUAGCGAAAGCAGAAUAUUAAUUAAGAAACAGAACGGAGCUCGAAAAGAAGUUAAGCAGAAAAUAAACAUGCGACUGUGUUGUACACGAAUCCGCGGUUAGAGGUCAAACUGUGAUGAAACUACUAGAAUUGCAACUGCGAUGAUCCAUAUUUUGACACUAAUUUGUAAACUUCGUUUCAAUUAAAUUGAGCGCUGGAUUGUUUUAGACUUAGAUUUGAGGAAACCAAAAGCAUCAAAUUGCGUUCUCAAAUGUUUGCAAAUUAAAAUUAUAACGUCG